GGAUGACCGCCAGGAGUCGCUGUUUUUAGUUUACGUACACGCCGAGGAUUUGAACUCCGCAGCACAAGAGAGCGCUUGAUUGUUGUGCGAGUAAAUGGCGGACGGAGCGGGGUUGUUAGAUUGUGAACAAUAACACGGCAAAGCUGCGAUUUUUGUGAGGUGAUCGGGCUAAGUGUCCCCACGGCACCUCGCACAGGGGGGACUCCGCUACACGCACGGCACAGUAGGUCUCGCGGAGGCUUGUUUUGUUAGUAGCUACGGCCCUUGUAAGUGCAUUGGAGUUCCCAGUCAGGAAGUUGGUCUUCGGGGUGGGUAAUUAUGGGAGACUCUCUGGGUCUGGUUGGAAAGAGGUUGCUGCUUCUCUUUCGCGACGGGGGCUCCUCUGCAGGACCCGAACAGGAGCAGGCCGUCUGGACGCGCAGCUGGGUCCGAGGGACAGUCCGGGCGGUCAGCGUGAUUGGUUUGGCCAGUCCCGGGGUAGAGGUGAGCGGCGAAGAGGGAACAACAACAGCAACAGCAGCAGCGGGGCUGACGGUGUUUGUGGAAUUUGAGGACUGUCCCUGGCGCGCCCGUUCCUGGGUGCAGGUUUACGGGGAUGAGGUCCUGGCAGUGCUGGUGGAGAGCUCCAUCGUCUGGGCGACACGCAGCGACCCAAACCUGCCUGGACCCGGAGUCACGCCCGUCUCAGUCUGCCCCGCGCUGGCCUUUCGACCCCUAGUGGACCGCCUGGGUUUGGGGUCCCUGGUUCCUGUGGAGUUUUUUGGGAGCAGAAUCCUGAACUUCGUCCCCGAUGGAAACUCUCUGCAGCCGUUUGAGGUGGAGCAGGACCUGAGACACGCCCUCCUGCAGGAGCAGCCGUCCCUGCAGACGGAGGUGGGGCUGUGGAGCAGCGACUUUGAGCUGCAGGAGAUCCUGAGGAAGGGGUCGUUCACCCUCCAGGGGCGACGGGUUCGAGUCUACCAGCCGGAGUACGAGGAGCCCUGGGCACUGGGCCUGGUCGCCCAGCACAGCCUGGGCACCCACAUCAUGGAGGUCACCUUGGACCAGGGCAAGGCGAUGCAGGUGGUGGACCCCCGGGUGAUUCACGUGAUGCUGGCCGAGGGCGUCUCUGAUGAGACCCUAUCGGGCGUUGUGGGCCGGCGCAGGAUGGAGAGCGAUGGCGGAAAGGGGGACGGCGGGCGUCGCCGUAGGAACGCCUCGGAGAGCGAGGGGGACGCGGUGCUCAAGCGCUUCAAGGGCGCGGGGGAGGGCGACGCCCAGGGACAGAACGGGGGCGGGGCCAGCGAGGCCAUGGAGGAGGGCCUGGUGGCCUGGGGGGGCGGGGCCAGACUGGGGAACAGUAACAACAGCAGCCCCGCCCCGGAGGUGGGCCAGCCCCAGGGCCAGGGCUCCCCGAAUCCCAGCGUCCCGCAGGGGCAGUCCAGCCUGCGCUUCGUCUCCUACGCCAAGGAGAACGAGCGGGCGCUGGGGGGGCAGGACAGACCGGCCCCCGGGGACCCCCCGGCCCCUCCCACCCCCACGCUGCCCCCCCUCAAACCCGCACCCUCUCCCUUCUCCAACACCUCCUUCCCCUCCCUGGGGCAGAUGCCCAGCCUGGUCCCGGGGGGGUCCCCCAAACCCGCCGCCGCCUCCGCGCCCGAGAAGGAGGGGCGCCUGGCGUUCCCCUCGGCCCCCACCCCCCUGGUCUCCCCCGGCCCCGCCUCCUCGCACCUCUCUGAGGCGGGGCCCCCCGCUGCCCCGCUCGGCUUCAGCCAGACGCCCCCCAGCUGGGGAGGGGCCCCGACCGAGAGCUCCAAGGCGGCGGCGGGGUUCCGGAUGUCCCAGCCGCUCUUUGGCGAGGCGCGGGUCGCGACCCCCGCGCAGACCAACGGCACGGCGGGCCCGGACGCCCGGCCUUUCGGGUUCCUGUUCGGGGCCAAAGAGGAGCCGGCGCGGGACGCGGAGUCCUCGCCGAACCUGUUCUUCCAGUGCAUGGGCCAGACGGCCGGGGCCGGCCCGGCCGCAGCCGCCACCGGCGCCGCCGCCGCCGUCGCCAAGGGCACCAACUACUUCACCGUGGUGUCGGAGAGCCUGGGCAAGGAGCCGCCCAGCCUGUUCAAACCCGCCCCCCCCGCCGAGAGCCUCAAAAAGGCCGCCCUCGCACCCGCGCCCCCGCCGCUCUUCGGCCCCGCCCACGGCCUGCUGAAGGACCCCAGCAAGGCGCCCGAGGCCCCGCUGUCCGGGAACGGGGCCGUGCUCAACAAACCCUUCGGGGUGGACGCCAUGCCCAAACUCUCGACGGGCUUCCCCGGGGGCGUGGGCUCUGGGGGUCUGAGGGGGUCCGGCCUGGGAAUGGGGGGGCUGGGGACCGGCGGUAUGGGGGGCGGGUUGGGCCUGCUGGCCAAAGCCAAGGGCUCGGAGGCGCACGAGAACCUUUUCCUGCAGACUCCGAAACGCGAGGAGCCCUCCAACCCCUUCCUGGCCUUCACCGAAAAGCUGUCCCACAGCCCCUUCAGCGGGCUGCCGUCCCCCCAGACCGCCGCCUCUGCCUCCGCCGCCCCGUCCGCCGCCGGAGCCAGCGUUUCGGGUCCCGCGGAGGCGGACGGCCUGGGCGUCCCGGCGGAGAGCAAGCCCAACCUGUUCACCAUGUCGGAGCAGCCGAGGGGCCUCCUGUCUUCCUCCUUUACCGCCGUCUCCUCUUCCUCCUCGCCCGUUUCCACGCUCGCCCCGAAACCCUCUGCGGGCCUGCCGGACGCCCCGCAGGCCCCCCCACAGAGCGGGGAGGGGCCGGGCGGGGGCCCCGCGGACGGGGGCGCCAUCGAGCAGACCGGCUUCUCGGUCUUCGGUGGCGGGAACGGCGACGCCCCUCAGAAGUUCGCGCUGGAGGACCGGGGCGCCUCGUCGAAGCGGGACUCGGACUCCAGCUCCAACAGCGACCUGUCGGACCUGAGCGAGGCCGAGGAGCCGCUGGACGGCGAGCCGGACCCCCUGCCGCUGCGCUCCGCCGCCGACGACAAGGGCAAAGGCAAGGGCGUGGGGAAGAGCCGCCCCCGCAGCAAGCCUUUCAAAGUUGGGCAGUCGGUGCUGAAGGACCAGACGAAGGUGCGGCGGCUGAAGCAGUCGGGGGAGUCCUUCCUGCAGGACGGCUCCUGCAUCAACGUGGCGCCCCACCUGCACAAGUGCCGCGAGUGCCGCCUGGAGCGCUACCGCAAGUUCCGCGAGCAGGAGUCCGACGACGACGACCCCAACGUGGCCUGCCGCUUCUUCCACUUCCGCAGGCUGGCGUUCACGCGGAAGGGCGUCCUGCGGGUGGAGGGCUUCCUGAGCCCCCAGCAGAGCGACCCGCUGGCCAUGGGGCUCUGGCUCCCCUCCCCAAACGCGCAGGAGGGCCUGGACCUCGACACCUCCAAGUACAUCCUGGCCAACGUGGGCGACCAGUUCUGCCAGCUCGUCAUGUCCGAGAAGGAGGCCAUGAUGAUGGUGGAGCCGCACCAGAAGGUGGCGUGGAAGCGGGCGGUGCGCGGCGUCAGGGAGAUGUGUGACGUGUGCGAGACGACGCUCUUCAACAUCCACUGGGUGUGCCGCAAGUGCGGCUUCGGCGUCUGCCUGGACUGCUACAGACUGCGCAAGAGCCGACCGCAGGAGGAGCCGGAUGAAGCUCUGGAUGACGAGGUGUUCUCCUGGCUCAAGUGUGCGAAGGGGCAACCGCACGAGCCCCAGAACCUCAUGCCCACUCAGAUCAUCCCUGGGACAGCUCUCUACAACAUCGGGGACAUGGUGCACGCUGCACGGGGCAAGUGGGGCAUUAAAGCCAACUGCCCCUGCACCAGCCGACACACCAAGCCCCUGGUGCGGCCCAGCGCCCCAAACGGCCUCUCACAGUCUGGCGUUAACUCCAGCGGGGGUGCUACUGGUGCGGCGACGCCCAGAGCGGACGGCGAAAUGGCGACCACGCCCUCGCCAUCGAUGGUCAAGACAGAGCCGGUGGCAGAAGGCGGGAUCGAGCCCACCGGCGACAUAACCGGCGGUAACACUGCCCCGCCUCCUCCUAAAGAGUCCCGCCCCCCCGGAACAGACUCCGCCUCCUCCUCCGCCCUUCAUUGGCUGGCAGACCUGGCGACCCAGAAGGCCAAAGAGGAGACUAAAGGUGAGAAAGACCCCGGCUCUCUGCGGUCGGUGAUGUCCCGGGACGGUCGCUCACCCUUUGGGCUGGACUCCCUGGGCACCCUGUCCAAGCCCUCGUCCUCCCUGUCCAGCCCCAAGCUCUUCAACAGCCUGCUGCUGGGGUCCGGGGGGGCCCAGCCCAAAGCGGAGGGGUCCAGCCUGCGGGACCUGCUCAACUCUGGGCCCGGGAAGCUGCCCCAGGGCCCCUCCGACCCCGGCGUGCCCUUCCCCUCCGUCUUCUCCACGUCCUCAGGGGGUGAUAAGUCCAAGGGCAGCCUGCCUAACUUCCUGGAUCACAUCAUCGCGUCGGUGGUGGAGACGAAGAAGGCGGAGUUUCGGCGGGGCGGGGCCGAUGGGGCGGAGGCGGGGUCAGUGGGGCGGCGGGACGGCGUUAUGGGCCUGAGCGUGCUGGACCCCCACACCUCCCACUCCUGGCUGUGUGACGGGCGGCUGCUCUGCCUGCAGGACCCCAGCAACGGCAACAACUGGAAGAUCUUCCGCGAGUGCUGGAAGCAGGGCCAGCCUGUGCUGGUGUCAGGGAUUCAUAAGAAACUGAACGGUGGCCUGUGGAGACCGGAGGCCUUCAGCAGGGAGUUUGGCGACCAGGACGUGGACCUGGUCAACUGCCGGAACUGCGCCAUCAUCUCCGACGUCAAAGUGCGGGAAUUCUGGGACGGCUUCCAGGUCAUCUCCAAGCGGCUGCAGGGGAGUGACGGGCAGCCUAUGGUGCUGAAACUGAAGGACUGGCCUCCUGGAGAGGACUUUAGAGACAUGAUGCCAACACGUUUUGAUGAUCUGAUGGAAAACCUGCCCCUCCCAGAAUACACCAAGCGGGACGGGCGGCUCAACCUGGCCGCUCGCUUACCCGACUUCUUCGUGCGGCCCGACCUGGGACCCAAGAUGUACAACGCAUACGGCUUGACCUCCUCGGAGGACAGGAAGGUGGGCACGACCAACCUGCACCUGGACGUGUCGGACGCCGUCAACGUCAUGGUGUACGUGGGCAUCCCCGAGGGAGAGGGAGACUUCCAGCAGGACGCAGUCCCCAAUGGAUUUGCAGAGGUCAUGACGACGAUAGCGGAGGGGGACGUGGACGAGGUGACGAUGCGGCGGAUCUACGAGGGGAAGGAGAAGCCCGGCGCCCUCUGGCACAUCUACGCCGCCAAGGACGCGGAGAAGAUCCGCGAGCUGCUUCGCAAGGUGGGAGAGGAGCAGGGGCAGGAGAACCCGCCGGACCACGACCCGAUCCACGACCAGAGCUGGUACCUGGACCAGGUGCUGCGGCGGCGGCUGCUGGAGGAGUACGGCGUGCAGGGCUGGGCCAUCGUGCAGUUCCUGGGGGACGCCGUCUUCAUCCCCGCGGGGGCCCCGCACCAGGUUCAUAACCUGUACAGCUGCAUCAAAGCGGCCGAAGACUUUGUCUCCCCGGAGCACGUGAAGCACUGUUUCAGACUGACACAGGAGUUCAGACACCUGUCCAACACACACUCCAACCACGAGGACAAGCUCCAGGUGAAGAACAUCAUCUACCACGCCGUGAAGGACGCGGUCGGGACGCUGAGGGCCCACGAACCGAAGCUGGGGCGCUCUUAGUUCCUGCUCGCCCCCUGCUGCUUCCAGACGGGGAGACGCGUCAAACCUCACAGGAAGUGGCGGGGAGGGAACGGCCUUUCGUUUCCUGUUCAGAAAGAUGGCGGACGAGCUCAGCGAUUCCCUGCUCAACUCCUGGUCAGGAUGAAGGAAGCGCUUCACGAGUGUUACAAAAAGACUUUUUCCCCCCCCAGUGUCUUUAGAUUAUUAUUUUUUUGGGCUUCAUAUUUAAAGACAAAAUGUAUUUUCUUUUCCAAAUACACCUCCCCCCCCUCCCCCCCCCCCCGUGUGAAAGGCAUUAGGUUUGAGAGUAACCUGGUGACGUGCCUUCUGAGCUAGAUAUCGAUUCUGAAAACAUGAGCUCCCGUCCUUUUUAAACUUUUUUUGUCAUCUUAUCGUUUUUAACCCCCCACCCAAUAGAAGAGUGUAGCUCACUUUCGUUUGACUGUUUUUGAGCACCAGAGUUUUAACCUCCCUCACCCCCCGCCCCACCCAAUACCACCACCCCGUCCCACCCAAUGCCACCACCCCGUCUCGGUGGAACAGAACCAGAAGCAGUUAAGGGGUUAAACAGACCAAAGUUCUCUUUUCCGUGGUUUGAUUUUCUUCCAUUGCGGUGACUCCUGCACUUGUUUUUAAACACACAGCGAGGGGAAGGACGACUGAAGCGAAAGAGGCAUCGCUGAUAAACCCGUUUUUCAGUCGUUCUUUUUCUCACCCCCCCCCCCCCCCCCCCCGACAACCCCCCGCGUCCAAGGAUCUCAGCGUCGUACAUUUUACAUUCAAAACUUUAUUCAGUUAGAAACAGAACUCAACAACAACAAACAACAAAAAAACAAACUACUGGUCAUUACUGUAUUGACAUAUAUUGAGCGUAGCAGUCUGUAUGAUUUUUUUUUUUUUCUCCUCAAAAUAAAUUUUGCAAAUAAAAGAAACUUUGUUCUAGCUUAAAA